AUGUCUCUGAGUAAGUACAUUGCUUAUGCAGACUUAGGCGGAGUCUCUUGGCUCAGUAACCGCUACGGAUGGACUUGCGACAACUACCUGAUCGAGUUUGAGGUUGUCAUGGCCAGCGGCGAGAUUGUGAAUGCAUCAACAACACCAAACCCCGACCUCUAUUGGGCCCUUCGGGGAGGUGGCAGUAACUUCGGUGUUGUCACCAAGUUGAAGUUCAACACAUUCCGGCAGGACAAGAUGUGGUACGCGAAGCUCCAUUACGACGCCCCUGAGAACAUCACGGCCAACGCGGCUUUCGCUGACUGGGGGUAG